CUCAUAAAAGCCCAGGGGCCUGCAGUUCUCCAACUGCCUGGCUUCUCCAGCCCCUUUACGCAUCUACCUCGGGAUCGUCUCUCACCAGCCUUCCUCUCCCACCAUGUCUCGGCAGUCCACCAUCACUUUCCACACCGGCAGCCGUCGGGGCUUCAGCACUGCCUCAGCUACCACCGCAAAUACUGGCCGCUCCCGCUUCAGCUCCGCUUCUGUGGCCCGCUCUUCAGGAAACAGCGGGGCCCUGGGCAGGAUCAGUGGCGCUGGGACUGGCUUUGGAAGCCGCAGCCUCUACAACCUGGGGGGGUCCAAGCGGGUCUCCGUCGGUGGGAGUGCUGGAAGCGGCUUCCGAAUUGGCUUUGGUGGCAGGGCUAGCACUGGGUUUGGGGUCAGCAGUGGGUUUGGUUAUGGGGGAGGUAUUGGAGGAGGCUAUGGGGGCGCUGGCUUUCCUGUCUGCCCCUCUGGAGGCAUCCAAGAAGUCACAGUCAACCAGAGUCUCCUGACCCCCCUUAACCUACAAAUCGACCCCACCAUCCAGAGGGUUCGGAAAGAGGAACGGGAGCAGAUCAAGACUCUCAACAACAAGUUUGCCUCCUUCAUUGACAAGGUACGCUUCCUGGAACAGCAGAACAAGGUCUUAGAGACCAAGUGGAGCCUCCUGCAAGAGCAAGGCUCCAGAACCGUGAGACACAACCUGGAACCCUUAUUCGACACAUACAUCAAUGACCUCCGACGACAGCUGGACGGCAUCACUGCCGAGAGGGGCAGGCUAGAUGCUGAACUGAGGAACACGCAGGAGGUCGUAGAAGACUUCAAAGUCAGGUAUGAAGAUGAAAUUAACAAGCGCACAGCUGCAGAAAAUGAGUUUGUGACCCUAAAAAAGGAUGUAGACGGAGCCUACAUGAACAAGGUGGAGCUGGAGGCCAAGGUCGACUCUCUGACUGACCAGCUCAACUUCUACCGGAUGAUCUAUGAGGCAGAACUCUCUCAGAUGCAAAACCAAGUCAGUGACACCUCUGUGGUCCUGUCCAUGGACAACAACCGCAGCCUGGACUUGGACAGCAUCAUCGCUGAGGUCAAAGCACAAUAUGAAGACAUUGCCAACCGAAGCCGGGCAGAGGCCGAGUCCUGGUACCAGACCAAGUACGAGGAGCUGCAGGUGACAGCAGGCAGGCAUGGCGAUGACCUCCGAAACACCAAGCAAGAGAUUUCAGAGAUGAACCGAAUGAUCCAGAGACUGAGAUCUGAGAUUGAUGGCGUGAAGAAGCAGUGUGCCAGCCUGCAAACUGCCAUCUCAGAUGCUGAGCAACGCGGAGAGUUGGCCCUCAAGGAUGCCCGGGCCAAACUGGUGGACCUUGAGGACGCACUGCAGAAGGCCAAGCAGGACAUGGCCCGGCUGCUUCGGGAGUACCAAGAGCUCAUGAAUGUUAAGCUGGCCCUAGAUGUGGAGAUCGCCACCUACAGGAAGCUGCUGGAGGGUGAGGAGUACAGGCUGAGUGCAGAGGGCGUUUCUCCAGUGAACAUCUCCGUGGUCACUUCCACAGUUUCCAGUGGCUAUGGCGGUGGCAGCGGCUUGGGAAGUGGAAGCCUGGGUCUCAAUGGGAGCAGUGGCUACAACUUCACCACCAGCAGUGGGCACAGCUUGGGUGCAGGCCUGGGAGGCUCUAGCUUCACCACCUGCAGCAGCCGGGGCCCAGGGAGCAGUGGCUCCAGCAUCAAGUUUGUUUCCACUACAUCAUCCAGCAGGAAAAGCUACAGGCACUAAGGCCAGCAGCCAACCACUCCCCUAGUCACUGCCCUGAAGCCUUUUCUCACCUGUACCUUGAUGCCUGGGCCCUUCUCCCACCUCCUCUUCACAGGGCCCUCCUGUGCUGCCAAGGGGCCUGAUACCCUGACUAAAUCAAUCACUGGCCUAAGGCAGCCUCUUUGUAGUCCCCAAGUUGCUCCUGGUACUUCUUUGUGCUAGACACACAAACCCAAGGUCCAUUCUCUUCCACAAUUCAUAUUCAAUGGAUCCUGCUAGGACCAGGUAUCCACAAAUGCCCAUUCAACGCCACCUGUCCCUUCCCCCCAGAUGCAGUGACAGGGGAGUCCAUGUCUCUCAGGCCACCUUAACGUCAGGCUGUCUCAUCACUGGCUGCUUACAAACUGCCAGCUAGAGUGAGUGUUCCUAUUCCCUCCUCUGAA